AUGUUACCCCCUAUAUCCCCACCUCUCCUCAACUCUGCCAACCCCUGGGCAACCACCCUAGAGGACCUCCGCGCCCUCUAUGAAUGCCCCCACACCGGGGCCGUCACGACACGUACCAGUCUCCUCCACGGCUUCCCACAUGAUGACACGGUCCAUCAAUACACGUUCUUCAACCCCUCGACCCACCACUCCACCCUCAGCUCACCAUCCGCGCCGUCCACCUCUACAGGCAGCCUCAACACUCUCGGCUACAGCCCCAUCCCGCUAUCAGGCUACCUCGCCAUGAUCACCAACCUCUCCACAUCGACCUCCGUCCAACGCACCACCCCCAAACCAAUCAUCCUCUCCAUCACCGGCACCGUCUCCGAGGUCGUAGAGUGCCAUCGCCGUGUCCACGACCAUCAAACCCAAACCCCAAUCCCUCUGGCCAUCGAACUCAACCUCUCGUGCCCGAACAUCCCCGGGAAGCCCCCACCCGCCUACUCCAGCACCCGCCUGCUCGAGUACCUGCUGGCGCUCAAGCGCUCGGCCGCUGCUCUCGGCGCGCCUGAGAUCCCUUUAGGUAUCAAAACACCGCCCUACACCUACGCCGACCAAUUCACCGGCUUGGUCGACGCGCUGAGCGCGGCAGCCAAGGCGGAGCCAUCUGGGAAGGGAUGCCCGAUCAGCUUCAUCACGGCGGUGAAUACGCUUGGUUCGUCCCUGUUGUUGACGCCCGGGCCGGCAAGUGACUUAGACGCUGGAUUCAAGCCGAGACUGUCUUCGGCUACGGGAGAGGGGAUAGGAGGCCUGGCGGGCGCGCCGCUGCAUCCGCUGGCGCUGGGGAACGUGGCGACGCUGGUGAGGAUGUUGCGCGAGAAGGAGGAGCUGAGGGGUGUGGUUGUUAUCGGCGUUGGUGGGGUGGAGGAUGCGGAGGGUUUUCGGAGGAUGAGGGCGGUGGGGGCGACGGUGGUGGGGGUCGGGACUGCGUUGGGGAGGAGGGGGGUUGGGGUUUUUGGGGAGAUUCUGCGGGGGAUUGAGAAGGGAAAGCUUUGA